ACGCACAGCGCACCGAGCAUGGCCGCUUUCAGCUGUUUGUGCUACAGCAGUGUCUCGGAUCAGAUCCUCCAGUCCCUGUGUGCGUCUGACUCAAACCAUGAACACAGGGUGUCCGUGACCCCUGACCUCCUGUUUGGAGACACCUACCUGCCCUCGAGCCUUCACACACUCUGAUCCUUCACGCUCCCCUUCUUCUCACGCAUCACCUUCAAAGCUCCCUGUCCACUCGGUGUCUGAUAUGCGUCCUCUUGGCAGGUGCAAGUUGAACUCAAUGUUCUGAGAUCAGUGUACAAAACAGCUGGGUGUUGGUUGUCACCUUUUGUGCGUGAAGCAAGCAAACGGAUUGUUAAUGUGACCCGCGAGGCUGUCGUGAGCGUUUCAGCGCUCUGUGAGAGCGCACGACAGCGAAUAAACAGCCUUUGAAUAAAGGUGUCAGACUUUAAAGCAUCUCCCUUCAGGCGCGCCUAAACAAACUCGCCUCCAUUGUAUUUUUAUCACGUUAACCGAUCAUAAACGCAAGAUAUAUAUUUAGCUUCCUGUUUGUGAAUGGUGCCUUUUGUGAUACGCCCGUAUAAUGAGAUUAGAUAAGAUUUUACAUAAUCUCACUCAUGUGAGGUUCGUACUGAGCGCCAUCAGUUUAAUUAGAUCUGCUUAUCGGAGGUUCCUUUCCUUUCAGACAAGUGUGCUCCCUCACAGAACACAAGGGAAGCCUUACGCCUGCUAUGUGGAGGGGGCGUGGAGCUUCAUUGUUGCUGCUUUCCUGUUGUUCAGCUUCUGUGAGUGACGGGUCAGAGCUGCUUUAACGUGACAUUAUGGAGGCUGUGCAGCCACUUCCUCGGGCCCGUGCCUUGCUCAAAGUGUGCUAUUUUUAAAGUCUGCGGCCUAUUGACUAAGAGUGUCAUAUGACUGGGUGUUGGGUCUUGUACAAGGCUUUAAUUUAUCCUUUUAACACUGUGUUGGUAUUAUAAACCCAGACAAAUUCAGCACAUUCAGUUGUUCAGUAGCUAGAUGUCUUCAUAAACGUCCAAUAAUGGGCUCAAAGCAGUUGCUCAGUGGAACAGACCAGUCCGACAUGAGCCACAAGUGUAAACGGGCAGGUUCUUCCAGGCACUUAAUGUUGUUUCCACAGAAGUUAAGCUUUACGGCAUGUGUGGUGAAAAGGUAAGUCUGCUUGUGUUUCGCUCACUCAAUUCACUACUCAGCAGACAGUAAUAGGAACUAUAAAAAGUCUGUAUUGAACAUAACCAGUCCAUUGCUUCAGAUAAAGUCUAGGCAGUCGUCAGGAAAGGCGCGCCCCGGCUAAGCUCUCGUUUUUAUAUCUAGUUUAACGGCAAAAAAACUCAUCUUUUUCGUGCAGCCUUUUAAUGGGUUUUUAUCGCAACAGCCCACCCCUUGAAAAGUACAGCACACGUCAUGCUUAUAAGAUUAAUGUGAGCUCUGUUACAUUCAAGGGUCCCUGUAACCAUGACGUGUUGUGACAUGUGGCCAUGCACAACUACAUACAGUACUUUAGCCGUCAUUACUUCAAUUUAUUAUUAGCAGUAGCAACCUUUUGUUUUUCCCAAUGUGAUAUGGAAAAAUCUUUUUAUAAGUCGAUAAACAAGUGGGACUAGAAAAACACAACCCUGUUGGUGGAGCAACGGAGACAACAUUUUUCUUCAGUUUCGUACUGGGUUCUGUGACUCAGCUUUCCUGGAGCGGCGACGGACAAGGACAGAGCCUUAAACUCUGACGCUGUGAUGGACACCAAGGCAGUGUUUGCGGCUUUGUACAGCGUGUGCGAGGAGAAUGCCGCUUUCUUCUCAGGAGGAGCCAAGGGAUCUCAGGGUGAUGCGGCGCGGCGACUGGUGGAGUCCAUGAACCACAUCCAGGAGCACGCUCGCAGUCUGGAGCCUGUUGUAGCUGGUUUUGCUGCAGUCUACCAUCAUUUUGACUUUGACCCACACAUCCCCGCCAAUGGAUAUCGCUCACUGGUCAAGGUGCUGCGCUGCUGUCUUCUCCAUAUCAUCCACAAGGGGCGCUACAUCACUGCCAAUCGCCGCAGCAUCUUUUUCCGAGCAGCUCACAACGCGGGGGAGAUGGAGGCAUAUUGCAAUGCCCUUCGUCAGCUGCGCGCCCUGCUCUACCUGGCGCAGCGCCUGCUACAUGACAACAGCCAUGGCAACCUGUUUUUUCAGGACGAAAGUGGCCUCAGCGAGACCUUUGUCCGAGAGUACUCGUCCAUGCACAAGGGGUGUUUUUAUGGCCGCUGCUUGGGCUUUCAGUUCACCCCAGCCAUUCGCCCCUGUCUCCAGACCAUCGCUAUCGGCCUUGUGUCCUUUGGAGAGAACUACAGACGCCAUCACUCAGGAAUAGGUGUAGCAGCCAGCUCUUUCUUCACCUCGGGGAAGUACGCCAUUGACCCAGAACUAAGAGGGGCAGAGUUUGAACGUAUCACUCAGAACCUUGACGUCCAUUUCUGGAAGACCUACUGGAACAUCACAGAGACUGAGGUCCUGUCGAGUCUCGCCAGUAUGACAUCUGCUCAGGUUAAGGUGAACCGGGCCCUUUCUGUGCCCCCCGUCUCCUUUGACCUUCCCCUAGCGAGCAACCACCGAGCAUCUGUAACGAUAGCUCCCCCAUCAGCACACAUCGGCCCUGCUCCUAUCCAGAUGAGGCUCAUCUCCUACGAUUUACGGGAAGGACAGGACAGUGAGACCCUAUUGUCUCUCUGCCGCUCUGAGGGAGGGCCCAUUUCUCUGUCUUUGGGCCUGAAGACCAAGCGCCUCCCCUCUUCUCCCUGCCUGCUCGUCCACUUCCAUGGUGGAGGGUUUGUGGCCCAGACCUCCAAGUCUCAUGAGCCCUACCUGAAGGGAUGGUCUCAGGAGCUUGGUGUCCCCAUCCUGUCUGUGGACUACUCUCUCGCCCCCGAGGCCCCCUUCCCAAGAGCGCUUGAGGAGUGUUUCUAUGCUUACUGCUGGGCUCUGAGGAACCACCACCUACUGGGUUGGACCGGAGAGAAGGUGUGUCUGGCCGGUGACAGUGCAGGAGGCAACCUGUGUGUGACGACGUCGAUGCGCGCUGCUGCGUUUGGCGUGCGGAUGCCAGAUGGCAUCGUGGCAGCCUACCCAGCUACCCUGCUGACUGCCUAUGCGUCGCCCUCCCGUCUGCUAACGCUUAUGGAUCCCAUGCUGCCACUCAGCGUGCUCUCCAGGUGUCUGAGCGCCUACGCAGGCGCUGAGCCGCAGACUGAGAAGCAGGUGGAGAAAGUGAGCACGCUGAGUAUGCUGCGAGAUUUCCGACAGGGAGCCUCCAACUGGAUUCACUCUCUGCUGGAUCCCAGCAGAGCCUCAUCCUCCAGCAGCACAUCUGCUGAGGCAGGACCGGGACCCACUGAUGCAGUAAGAAAGAGCAUUUCAGAGGCAUCCAUCUCCUCUCCCCAUGCUGACCCACCUGUACCCUCGGAUGCCUCAGAAUUUUCCACCAGGAAAUUAUCUGUCAAGAGCCAGACUUGCCAGGACUUGGGAUCCCACAACAGUUCAACUUCAGACAGCACAGCACUACCUUCUGAAGGCAUACCAGAAGAUGUGAGCUUUUUCCUGUCCAGGGAUACUGAUCCCUCUAUUGCCACUGACCUGUCUUCAGUGGCUAUACCGCCCCCUGUUGGCCAGGAGGGAUCUGUGGUGAAAGGGAGGGAGUUUCCUCUUGGGUUUGAGCCACUGCGUUCAGAGCAGCUGGCGGAGAUGAGGGUGCAGAGCUCUCCUGUGGUCAAGGAUCCUUUCUGCUCCCCACUGCUGGCUCCUGAUAGCAUGCUGAAAGGGCUGCCACCUGUGCACAUAGUGGCUUGUGCAUUAGACCCCAUACUGGAUGACUCUGUGAUGUUUGCCAAGCGUCUGAGGAACAUAGGCCAGCCCGUCACUCUGUGCAUCGUGGACGACCUCCCCCAUGGCUUCCUCAGCCUAUCGCAGCUCUCAAAGGAGACGAGGGAGGCCGCCGGCGUCUGCGGGGAGCGCAUUCGCGCCGUCUUCACCCAGGAAGACACGCCUCCGGAGCCACGCAAGCACCGCAAGCUGGAACGAACCGAUAGGGGAGUGUCUUCUGGGGAAGGCCCGUCUCUCUACGUCGACCCUAUGGAGGGAUCAGAGCUUGCGGUGGAGAGCAUGCCAAAAAUUGCUGAUGGGGAGGGCUUAGUUGCUGUGGCAGCCCAAAAUAACACGGACGCUGGUGGGAUUGGGGCUUAAGUAAGGUUAGAUUAAAGAAGAAAAGGACUUGAGAGUACACAAGGAGUGAAGGGAGGGAGUACAUGAAAGUCAGACACGUUUAGGCAGUUUAAUGCCUUAAUGGGAGAGAGAAUGUGCCCUAAAGACUGAAAGGCUCAGGUAAGAAGAGAAGGCGUGAAGAUGUUCAUUAGUAUAGCUUCCUGUACUUUACAGUUUUAACCACUUGUCCCAUGAACAUACCCACAAAAAAAACAGUACGAUUUAAUGAACAAAAUGAUAAUUUAGCGCCUACCUAGAUCAAAGACCAGCACUCACCCACACACGCAGCACACAUUAGGCAGUGGAGGACUGGACAUUAAGCAAACACGAUUCUUGAGACAGAGCCUGAUUGGGUGAUUCAUCUCAGCAAAGGCAGUCAUUUGGACACUAAUCAGAUAGUGCUAGGCUCACUAUAUGCUUCCAUAUAGAGUCACCUCCAUCAAAAUGGCCACUUGUCCUUUUGGAAGCGACUCUAAAUCACACUUAAUAACUCCAUAUUGUGUUCUCCAUCAGUCUAUACAGCUCAUUUUGUGCGUAAUAACUCUGUUGAUUCUCCAAUAUACAAUAACCAACCAAAAACACAGCGGAGGCAACGGCUGGAGACUGGAUGAAUUUAUUCACCUGUUUCUUGAGCUUUAGGCCUGUGUAGCUGUAAUAUUGCCUCAUACCUGGGCUGCUCUUUACUCCCAGGAUCAUUGUGCUUUUAGUUUGAUUUGUACACUAUCCCACUUGUUUAAUCAAAUGCGGUGUAUAUUUUUAAGCUGAAUAUUUAUCUAUUUCGUGUUCCUUAGCCACAGCUGCUCUGACAUCCCUGCCAUUUCUGAUCACACUCAAUUUUGCUUUCACUAAUGCAACCUAAUAUGAGAGCAAAUGUAGAACAUUACACAGGGACAACGGGCCCUGUACACAUACUGCCAGGUGCUUUUAGUAGUGUUGAUAUUACUAAUGCAAACAUUAUGAUUUCUGCAGUGAAAUAUGUGAACUUGCUUUAAGAUGCUUUAUUGUCUCAUAACUAUUACUUGCUUGGAAACGUGGCCCCAUUUUUCAGGAGCAGUCUUGGCUCAGAUGUCUGAAAGGGGCAAAAUUAACGAUGUGGAAGCAGUUGUGGGACGUUCUGUACUGGAAAUAGAUAAAGGGCAAACCAGAAAGCCCAGUAGUUGGAUCUUUUAAAAUUCACUGACUGAACUGGUUUCCCUUUGACCUACGAAGACUUCUUUCGUAGCCUAACGCUACCAAAGCAAAACAGAGGAGUGAAAAGUGUCCUUUGGAGGGUCAGUUCCUCCGUCUAAAUAUAGAUGCCAACAAUGCUGGCACUGUCCUGCCCUUGCCUGGUAAAAGGGCUGGGGUUGCCAGGUCUGUAGAGAGGGAUGCUGUGUGAUGAAUAGGAUUUAGCUGAAGCUCCAAGUGCAAAAUCCUCCCUGCCGUCGACGAGCAGGAUUUCCAGCAGCAAAGUCAUGCUAUAGGAUUAAGCUAUGCUUCGUUCUGUCAGCUCCCAGUACUUACCGCAAUAUUUUUAGUCAGAUUGUUGGAGAGAACCGGAGCCCUGAAGAGGAAGACAGUGAUGCGCUCAUCCUCCCGGAUGCUAGGCUGCAGUUGCCUGACUAGCUGCUGUUUAUGCUCACGCUGCACUUUUAGUAGUUGUUUUGUCAAUCCGUGCAAAUGUAUUGAGCUUACAUACAAGUCACUUUUUUUUUUAACUUUUUUUAAACUACUUGCCACUUGUGUUGCUGCCUACCUGUGUAGCUCCAGUGUGUGCAUGUUGACGUGGAGCGGGAAACACGUUUUUGUUUUGUUUGUUUGUGACUGUGUUCAGUUGAAGAGUCCGACUGACCGAGGUGAGCGGUUCCUUUGGCUCCACUGAAGCUGCCUGCAACCAGAGGUCGUAAUAUUCCAAUCUGCUUUGCUUCACGUUCCGUUUCAUAAACUCUUAACCGUCCACAGAGCAGCUUUAUAAUCAUAAGUUAUUUUUGUGUGUCCAAACUAGUUGUAGCUCUCGGUGCAAAUGGAGUCAGUUUGGAGAGCAAACCAGACGUCAGCACGUUCGAGCUCCUAACUAGACGUUUUCUUUGCCUUAGGCAGAGUCGGGUGGAGUGUAUUUCAAUCCGCAGCCCAGCUGCAAACAUUAACUAUCUGCUUUGACAAUUAAGAUGACAUUCACAGUGAAGCGCCACAGCAACCAGCAUCCCAUAAUUCACACUCCAUUUGUUUCUGCUUCAGAAACGGCUUUUGUUACAUGCGCCGAGUUGCAGACAGAAGCGUCGUAUUUUACAAAUGCAUCCGUGCAUUUACCUCAGACUGACCUCACCUCUGCAGUAUUUCCUAAUGAGAGGCACUCAUUCAGCUGUGCAUCACUUCCACUUCAAGCACACCCAAAGACUGCAGCCGCACUAACCGAUGUGGUGACCUGCUUGUUUUGCCUGCUAUUGUUUAAUAUGCAAGUGCUAGUCAGUGUUACAGACUGUCUGCAAUCGAUAUGCAAAUGACUCCACUCUAAAAUGCAGUUCUCAUGUAGAAGAGGAUUUAAAACCUUUUGUUUCCUCCAAUUCACAGACUGGAAACAAAGUUGUUUUUUGUUUUCACUUUUAUUAAAAACACCACAAGUGCAAACUGAAUAAAAGACUGUAUAUUAAACAUUAUAUGAGCCAUGUAGAUAUUUUUUUUUAUUUUGGUGUUCAAUCAAAUUGCAGAUUGAUGUGUCUGCAUUUUCGUUGCAGGUUCAGCUCUAGCGUUUUCUGACAUGCUGCAAAUAAACUGGUUCUUCCUGUUCAUUUUUAUCUGAAUAAAUAUAUAUUCUCCCAUAAA